AUGCCAAAUUAUGUCAAGUUCUUAAAAGAUAUUUUGACAAAGAAAAGGAGGUUUGGCGAGUUUGAAACGGUCGCUUUGACCGAGGGCUGUAGCGCUAUGUUGAAGAACAAAAUUCCACCUAAAAUGAAAGAUCCGGGCAGCUUCACAAUUCCAAAUUCUAUUGGGGGACGGGAUGUUGGAAGAGCUCUUUGUGAUUUGGGAGCUAGUAUUAAUCUCAUGCCCAUGUCUAUUUUCAAGAAGUUGGGAAUUGGAGAAGCAAGGCCAACCACCGUCACUUUGCAACUAGCGGAUCGUUCCAUGGCUCAUCCGGAUGGAAAAAUUGAAGAUGUUUUUGUACAAGUAGAUAAGUUCAUCUUUCCGGCGGACUUCAUUAUUCUUGACUAUGAGGAAGAUAGGGAAGUUCCAAUCAUUUUAGGGAGGCCAUUUCUUGCCACGGGAAGGACUUUGAUAGAUGUUGAAAAAGGACAGCUCACCAUGAGAGCUCAAGAUGAGCAAGCCACAUUCAAGGUUUUCCAUCCCAUACGUGCCCCGGAUGCAAUAGGAGAAUGCUUAGCAAUUGGAGAUAUGGAUCCUAACAUGGUUGAGGAGUCCAAAUUCAAAGUUAGUAAGAAGGCUACUCAUGGACGACUAGAUUCAAGGUGUGAUGGAUCUUUCUUGGUGGUGAGAGUAUACCCCGAUGGGGUGGUGGAACUUCGUGAAGCACUUUCAAGAAGAAAAUUCUUAGGCCAAGGAGUGAAGUUUGGGAGUGGAGAGGUCAACCGAGAAAAGGCCUCUAUUUCCUUGAAGGAUGCUUGA